GUCGUUUUAAAAAGAAUUUUGUCCUCAUUCGCUUGCCGUACAGAGACUAUCUCCAUGGCAACUGCUAUUCGCAUCAGCGGAGCAUCAUCGGAUCUUUACCGCUGAUGAUCUCUUCGAAACCAUCGUCCUGCUAGCAAUUGUUUUCAUUUUGCUUUAUUGUAAUAUUUUGUUCUAUUUAGCACAGUUUCUUUGGUGAAUAUUUGCCAGUGCGUGAAUGGGAAUCAAAGACACAUUUCUGCUUCGCUAGCUCGCUAGCUGUGUAGUAGUGGAAUGGAUCAGUACAGUAUUCUGGGCAGGAUCGGGGAAGGAGCUCACGGAAUUGUUUUUAAAGCCAAACACAUCGAGACAGGAGAGACGGUGGCUUUGAAAAAAGUAGCUCUGCGAAGACUUGAAGAUGGAAUUCCAAACCAGGCCCUACGAGAAAUCAAAGCCCUGCAAGAGAUUGAGGACAACCAAUAUGUGGUGAAGCUGAAGGACGUCUUCCCUCACGGCACAGGUUUUGUGCUGGUGUUUGAGUACAUGUUGUCAGAUCUGUCAGAAGUCAUUCGGAAUUCCCAGCGUCCUCUCACCGCAUCCCAGGUCAAAGGUUACAUGAUGAUGCUGCUGAAAGGAGUGGCUUUCUGCCACGAGAACUCCAUCAUGCACCGGGAUCUGAAGCCUGCAAAUCUUCUAAUCAGCUCGACGGGUCACCUGAAGAUCGCUGACUUCGGUCUGGCCAGGCUCUUUUCCAAUGAAGGAGAUCGUCUGUACAGUCACCAGGUGGCCACCAGAUGGUACAGAGCGCCAGAACUUUUGUAUGGUGCCCGGAAAUAUGAUGAAGGAGUUGAUCUCUGGGCAGUGGGCUGUAUUUUUGGGGAGCUGUUGAAUAACUCUCCACUUUUCCCAGGAGAGAAUGACAUUGAGCAGUUGUGCUGUGUGUUACGAGUGCUGGGAACUCCUAACCAGAAAGUUUGGCCAGAAAUAACAGAACUGCCAGACUACAAUAAGAUCACGUUUAAAGAAAACCCCCCCAUUCCUUUGGAAGAGAUAGUGCCUGACACGUCACCGCAAGCUGUGGACCUGCUGAAGAAGUUCCUUGUCUAUCCGUCCAAACAGAGGAUCAGUGCUAGACAGGCUUUGCUCCAUCCGUAUUUCUUCACGGACCCUCUCCCGGCUCAUCACUCAGAGCUGCCCAUCCCUCAGCGUGGAGGAAAGCACUCCAGACAGCGCAUGCAACCCCCUUACGAAUUCACCGUGGAUCGACCCUUACACGAGAGCUUGGUGGACCCGAGUCUGAUCCAGAGACAUGCGCGGAGCUGUUUAUGACAGCGGUAUGAGUAGAAAUGUAGGACUUUGUGCUUUGUUUCACACCAGGAUGUGGCCCAUCAACUCAUACACAUUUAUUUCAUAUUUAAUGACAAUGAUAAAAAGUUAUAAACUGUUGAUAUUAUAUGUUAUAAAGCUCUAUUAUACAGAAAUAGACUAUAUAAUAUGUUUCAGUUUUGCUGAAUAUACUUUUAUUCAGCAGCAUGUAUAGAUUUACUUCUCUGUUAUGUGUUUAAAUUUCAUAAUUUAUUUUAUUUUUUUCAAGAAAUAAUCAGUUAUGGGAUGAAAAGACGAAAAUAUUACAUAAGUCUGAAUUAUGACAAGAAGUCAAAACAUUUGUCAUAAUUAUGACUUUUUGUCAUUGCGAUUUAACAAAGCGUGAUUUAUUAUUUCUUGAGGAUGAAAAAAUAAAUAAAUGUACAAAUUAUUUAUUAUAAUGCUCUGUUAUACAGGAACAGGCUAUGUAAUGUUUCAGUGUUGCUGAGUAUACUUUUAGUGAACUUUCAAAUGCCAUGUGUAGAUUUACAGUGUUUAAAUUUCAUCAGAUCUUUCAAAGGAAUUAUCAAUUAUGGGAUGAAAAUUCAAAAUUAUGACACAAGUCAUAAUUAUUACAAACAGUCAAAACAUUCGUCAUAAUGGCUUUUUAUGUCAUAAUUUUGACUUGAUGAAAAAAUCAAUAAAAUGUUCAAAUCA